CUCCUAGUGUUCAAAAAGUUAUUGUUACCAAAGGCUUUCAUCAAAUUCAUAAGAUUGCUCAUAGUAACUCACACAAUUACAUUUCUGUUGCACCAAUGAUUUUGGCUUCUGGUGAUUAUAUUCCUUCAUUAAUUAUAUACAAAGGUGUUUGUGCGAUUCCUGGUUUAUUAAAUGAUGCUCCAUUUAGUAUAAUUAUAAGUUUUACCAAUUCAGAAUAUAUGUAUAAAGAACUUUUCCAAAUGUAUAUUGAAUAUUUUAUAAGUUCUAUUCCUUCUUAUCAUUCUGUUCUUUUAAUGCUCAAUGCUACUAGUAAUGCAAAGGUUGAAUUAUUAGAAGCAGAAAUUUAUACUCUAAGAAGAGAAAAUAUAUUGCUUAAAAAAAAACUCGAAAUGUUUAAAAAUCUUGAAUCUUUACAAAUGCUAAGAGAAAAGAAAGAGUCAGCAAAGAACAAAGCAAAAAGUAUAAAGCAAAAAAAAGAAGAGGCUGCCCAAAAAAGAGCUGACUAG